AUGCUGCAUGCUCCAGCACGUAUUGACGCUCCGGCAGCGAAGCGCGCGCCGUUUGUGCCGCAGCGCCGCGUACAAGCGCCUACACAUACGUACAUGGAUGCGUACGCAAACGAGAGUCAUACGCACUUUGUAUCGCGCGCACCAUCGCCAGCAAGCUCUACAGAUGAUCCGUUGCUGCUGCAUGAUGACUCUUCUUUAAAUAUGACAUUCCAUGCGGCACAAGGGAAUGCUGACCUUGUUUCUAUGGUGCGAAGAUUGGAGCGCGAGGAUCUUGGAAUAACAGGCACGCCGCGACGUACUUUGCCGAAGCGCUCGCUGCCCAUAUCGACGCCGGAUAGGAGUGUUUCGCGCAGCGCUGUGCAGGAGCACACGCCGCGCCAGGUGCCGCCAUCGCCGCAGAAAACCACGAUGCGCGCAACGCCGCAACGGACACAAGUGAAAGCGGAUGCGUCGACGCCCAGAGCGCGACCCGCACCAUUUGCGCCGCGAGCCACGCCGAGCUUGUAUGAUCGAUCGCUUGGUCUGCGUGGGCGUCUUAGUCUGAUCAAGUCGCCGGACAAGUCGAUGCAGGUGUAUGGAGAUUUGCCAGAGUUGCAAUCGGUGGAGGACAAUGCGGCGGAGGCACAAGCCGAGUCGGAGCCGGAGCGGGAAUCUGAGCGGGAAUCUGAGCCGGAAUCUGAGCCGGAAUCUGAGCCGGAAUCUGAGCCGGAAUCUGAGCGGGACUCGGAGCGGGACUCGGAGCGGGACUCGGAGCGGGACUCGGAGCGGGACUCGGAGCGGGACUCGGAGCGGGACUCGGAGCGGGAAUCAGAACUUGCGCCUGCAGUGGAGCAUGCGCCUGUGCUUGAAUCGGACUUGGAGCAUGCGCCCAAACAGCCUCUUUUUCGAUCUCCUUCUACGACAAUGCCUCUGCCACGAUCCGCACGUAAAUUGCAGCGUGCCCGCCAUUCAGACGGCCCUGUAUAUAUUGAUUUUUUGCACGCCGCACUGGACGAGAACGAUGGGGAAAGGGACGAUGCACUCUCGUUUAUUCGCGAAGUAGAUGCCGCACCAGCAAAUACAUUGCACGGCACAAUGCCCUUCCAUCGUGAUCCAAAGGAUACUGCUGUACGGAUGGACGAGUUUGAGCAAGUCGAAUGGCGUAGCGCGGACGCUUCUCGUCGUGAGCCAAAACAAGAUACGCAAGAAACGCCUUUCGCGGAAUCCUUACACCUGGUGCAGGAAAGCAACGAGGACGAAGAGUCAAUACAGGAUCCCCCUGAAUUACACUCGAUAUCGCAAGAGGCAAUCGCCGCCCGUGAGCAUGGGCAUGGUAGUUUUGUCGUAUUCCGAGAAGAGCUCGAGCAGGAAAUGAGUGGGCGUGUUGAUCCCGAAGGUGUGUUUUACGAACAAGAGGAACGCGAAGACAGAGACGUGCUGGAGAUGGACGACGAGGAGAACAGAGACGCGCUGGAAAUGGGCGACGAGGAAGAAAGAGAUGUGCUGGAGAUGGGCGACGAGGAGAAUAGAGACGCGCUGGAAAUGGGCGACGAGGAAGAAAGAGAUGUGCUGGAGAUGGGCGACGAGGAGAAUAGAGACGCGCUGGAAAUGGGCGACGAGGAAGAAAGAGAUGUGCUGGAAAUGGACAAUGAGGAAGAAAACCUCGCGCUGGAGAUGGACAAUGAGGAAGAAAACCUCGCGCUGGAGAUGGACAAUGAGGAAGAAAAUUCCGUGCUAGAGCAAGAAGCGUCCGAAUUGGAACACGCGCUCGAGCCCGAGCGCCAGCCCGAGUUUGGCCACCAGUCCCAAUAUGAGCACAACUCCCCCAUCUCUCCCCAUUUCCAACGUGUCGCUUUCCAUGCCCAUAUCCCAACGUCCCAUGCAUUGCAGGACAAAGCAAUACCACACGAAGCAAACGAAAGCGCGCUACGCAACGUAACUCUCGCUCCGCCAAGCACCGAUCCAACACGCGCCGAUGACGCUGUGGGUGAUAUCGCAGCGCCAACCAGCCCAGACGCCAUUCAGCCGAAACGUCUCGGCAAUUCGCCACGCAAGCCAUCUCCCAUACACCGCUCUUCUCCCCUGCCUAGCGCAUUGGCCAACACCACGCAUGCAUCGCCCCAAGCCCCCUUCGCCAAGCAUUCCACACCGCCCGUCCAUCGCUUCCCCACACACACACAAGCGCGACACCUCGACAACAGCGCAUCGCAGUCCAUGCAGCCACUGCUGCCGCAUAGCCCAGCCAAGACGCCCGCGCCGAAUCUCUUAGCGCGCGCUUCCCCCGUCUCGCCCUCCCCUUGGAAAUCUGUCCAAGUGCAUCUCCCGCCACGCCCCAAACCAUCGCCGCAGCGUGCCAAGCCUACUGUACGUGCCUCGCGUGUUCCUGUGCCUGUACGCCGCCAGCCCAAAGCGUACGUACGCGACGCUGAGGACAAAGACGAGGAGGUAGACAGCGUCGCGCCUGGCGACACGAUUGCAAUUGGAGAUGCAGCGCCAGACGACACGACUUUGGUAACCGACGGGGCUCCGCUUCUGCAGCGCACCCCGCCCAAAGCGCAAAAGCGCAGCCACGACUCCUCUCUGCCACGGCCUGCAAAACGGAUGCGGUACAACAUACAAGCGCCACACGAGCUUGUAUGGUCCAUGCCGUUGCAUGCGCCGACUGCGCCUAUACCCACUCCUGCCGCCCCUGUGCCUGCGACGCCCUAUGCACCAUCCAGCGACGACAGUCUUCUCGAGCAAGACACGCCUAUCCCCGAUAUAGGUCCCCCCGCCCUCGCCGAUCUCAGCGCGAGUCUCAGCGCGUCGUUGCAUUCGCGCGCAGUGAUGCUUGCGCGCCAAAGACCGACGGCCUGUGUCGAAAUCUCGAGUCUCGAUCCCAUCGCUGCCGCACGCGCCGCUGCUAUUCUCAAGGUACACCAUGACUAUAUCCCAGAAGGAUGGCUAGCGCCAGAAGCUGCGCCCAUGUACCCAGCACUGCCCAGCACUGAAGCGAGCACGUCGCAUUCUCUUCCCCGGCUGCUGAUGCAAGCAGAGGCCGGCGAGCGUGGCGCGACUACACAGCCGCCAACGCCGCACGUUCCUGGCGCGUUUGCGCUGCACAGUGCGCCGGUAGUGCAAGCCCAUGUGCUCCGACCGCAAGCCCAAGCAGGACAAUGGUCCGAGCAUGCAUGGGCCGAGCUUGAUCGCCAUAUGCAUCUGGCGCUCGAUGCAGUGCUCGGCAGCAGCACAGACGUGCAGGCCCAGCGCGAAGCAGUGCUGCGUCUGCGCCCCAACGAUGUGCUCUUCGCCUUUCUUGAAGCACAAGGCCUCGCGCUCGAGGAUUUGCACGGAGAAUGGACGCUUGCACGCUUGCACGCGCGCAUUCCUGCGCUUCAAGCGCGGUUUCUGCGCCACCUGGAUGGGCACGCGCCUGAUGCGCUCCUUGAAAAGUCGUUCCACAUGCUUGCCGACGGCGAAGAAGAGGGCCGCGCCGACUUGUCGGCGAUUUCGACUACAAACGACGCCGACGCACGCGGCGAGCAGGAGCCCGGGAACGAGAGUAUGGUGGGUAGACUAUGGGCACGUGUAUGGGGCAAGAGUGAAAUGCCGCCGCCUCGCACGAAAACAAGAGAGCCGGAAAUACAUUUCUCUCCCCCACGCAAGCGCAAUGGAACGUCUACAGUGCAGUCCACUGCAUUUUCGCAUUUGGGACAGGCCGCACAGCGCGACGUGGCUGUCGCUGCCGAGCGUCAUGCUCGUCUGCGGGCGCGUGCAUGGAAAAGCCCACGCAAAGCGCGCCUGCAAGCGAUGCGCAGCGGCGCUUGGCCCGUGGAUCUAUCGCACAGCGGCGACGAAGCGCGCGCUUCGUUUGCAGCCUCGCGCGCCUACUGGCAAGCGCGCGAAACCUCCACCUCCACAUAG